AUGCCCCUGAUAAGCGAAGCGAGAGGUGAGGCUGGCGACGUGGCUGUGCGCAGGGCUGGCGCCGGUCGCUGGGAUGUGCACCGCGACGAGCAGCUGCACCGUCAACGAGGGCCGCCACUUCGAGAGCGUCUACGUGCGGCAGCGCCCUUGCUCACGUCAGUCGAAGUUAACGUCUUCGCACGCGCCCUGCCGGUUUGUAGGAGAGCACUUUCUCCUGCGAAUGACGAUCGCAGUGGGGGUGCGCGUGCCGCUCUGCGUUUCGCUGCUCGCGCUCAAGCAGGCGUUUUCCUGCCCCUGCCCAAGGCGACUGAGCGCGCGCUGCUCGCAUGCUGUUCGCAGCUUGGGCAUGCGGCACGACGGGCCCCUGGCGGGGAACGCCUGCGACCCCGGCAGCUUCAUCAUGUCGCCCACGCUGGGCAGCGGCAAAACCACGUGGUCCUCGUGCAGCAGCAGGUACCUGGAGCAGUUCAUGGGGUACGUGCCCACUCCGCCUCGACCCAGCGACGAGCCCAACACUCUCGGGAAAGGGGAAAUUACGCAUCUGUUGACGCCCUGCGCCACUUGUCUCGGUGUCCUGUACGCUGCGUGUGUGUGGGGUGUGUGUGGGGUGUGUGGGGUGUGUGGGGUGUGUGGGGUGUGUGGGGUUUGUGUGGAUGUGGUGUAUGGGUGGAUGUGGUGUGUGUGUGUGUGUGUGUGUGUGUGUGUGUGUGUGUGUGUGCAGAGGGGACGUCGCAGGCGCGGUGCCUGCUGGACGGCGGGAGCAGCGUGGAGGGGCUGGAGCACGGCGCCGACGGGCUGCUGCCCGGGGAGCGCUUCGGCGUCGACCAGCAAUGUGAGUGUGGCUUCUGCGCUCCGCGUCGGAGGGCGGGCUUCGUGCGACGCAAAUAG